AUGAGGCCUCGGCGGAGCGCGUCGGUGCCCGGCACACCCUCGGUGUCCGUGGCGUUCCCGGGCGCCGUGCGCCGGGGUAGCGGCUGCCGCUUCGCCUGCGAGCUCCUCAAGCACGUGCUGCACCAGCGGAACCAGCUGCCGCUGCCCUACGAGCAGCUGGCCUACUUCUGCCGGCGGGCGCCACAGAAUGGAGAUGAGAUUGAGAAGCCACCCUCCACGGGCCUGGGAAGCAGCAAGUGCCAGCAGGUGCUAAUGGAGCUGGAGGGAUUGUUCCAGCAUCUGGAAGUCAUGUUUAGUUUGACGCUGGUUCCUCGGGUUCUUUUCCUGCUUGGAGGAAAUGUCAUGAACCCCAAGGAGCUCUAUGAGCUGAACUUGGAAGGGAUCUGCGAGGGCAGUGCUGAGGAGAGCCUGCAGACUGCCCCCUGUGUUCGCCAGCUCUUUCACAGCCUGUUUGUUGCAGACAUCUUCAGUGAACUGAAGGCUCUCCCUAUCACAGGCACGCUCGUCCUGGUCCAGGGCCACCGGGACUGUGGUGUUGAGUGGUUCCGGCCCAAGCUGAACUACAAAGUGCCAACACGAGGGAGGAAGCUGACUGUUAGAUUGUCCUGUGAUGGAGACCCCCACCUGAGUGCCUCGCCUCCACAGCACACAGCGCCUGACUGGGAGGACUACAUCUGGUUCCAAGCACCAGUGACCCUCAAAGGCUUUAGUGAAUGACUGGGCUCUGUAGAUGUCCAACUGGAAUAUUAAUUAUCCUUUGUUAAGUGUUAAUUUUAUCCAAUGUAACCAUGUAUCUUUUUCUGUCUGAAUUUUUUUUUUCUCCAGGGCGUUUAUUGUCUUCCUGUAGCUUGGCUGCACUCAUCUUUUGUCACUUCCUGAUUUCUUGUUGAAGGCAAAUCCCCUUUAAGGCAAAGGUGCAGUAAUUUCUGAGGGACUUGAGCUGUGGCAGAGCAGAUGAAUUAGUGUGUUGGGAUGCACCCUGCUGUGUGCUUAGGAGCAGCUGCAGCUCUUGGUAUCCCCUCAGCUGUUGUGGUGCCCACCCCACUUGAGUAAUCAAGUUAUUAUCCAUCUAUUUGAUAAAAUUAGACUUCUACAGACCUCGGUUUCAGGUCCUUAACAUUCCAAAGAGUGCGAUUUCUCGGCAGAUGGGAGAUCUUGUACCUAGUGCUGUUCUGUACUGGAGACGGAAAGAGCUUGACCAGUUCUGUGGAGGCAGGGUAGCAAUAAGCAAUUUUUUUUUUUUUUUUUUAAAUCCUUAGUCCAACAGCCCUGACAAUCAGUUAAACAUACAGAUACAAUUAAAAGUAAGCAGUUUUUGCUAACCUUCUUCAGAAAAGGAGUUCUGCCUCAAUAUUGUAACUUAUUCUCGCUAAACAACAAAGUAAGCAAGUUUCUUGCUUACUUUUAUCUCUUAUAAGUCUUGAACCUAGACUUUUUUGGAAUGUGUAGAAGUCAGGGGACUGUGAUGAAGUUCAGCACUGUCUUUAUCUGCCAAAUUCCUGUUCUGAGUCAUAUUGUAUCACUUGGAAGCAGAUUUGAGCCUGUUCUUCUGAGCUGUUCUCUAGUGCAGAACAGGACAGGAUGUGUUAUAGAACUAGGAGGAACUUGAUAUUUUUGAGCUUGGAGAACACUAGGAGUGGUGUCUCUGCCAUAUUAUCCAUUAACAACUGUUUACAAUGUGCAGUAGCUGCUAGAACUUGUUCUAGGGGAGAAACUGCUAGAAUGAAGAAAGCUGCCUUUUGUGCAGCUGCCCACUUGAAUAUGUAAUCACAGGUUUUUGAAUGAAAUAUCACUUGAAUGUAUGAGUGUUUGUGCUCAAGAGAUCAAAACCCUUUACACUUCCACCAAAGCUGCUUGUAAUACAUAUUUAAGAAUGCUAGUGCCCAAGUAUUUAAAACUUUUGAACACAAGCCUUAGCCAUUUUUUUUCACCUCUCUGUCCCAAAUGAAUGCAAUGUUACUGCAAUAAACUGUUUACAUAUUUUGUUAUACUUGAACUAUGAAUUCAGCAAUGAUAUGGUGCUGGGAAUGAAAGAACACAAGGUGCUUUGGGUUUUUUUUACUAUUAUUUUUGUUUGGUUGGUUGUGGUUUUUUUUGUUUUUCUCCUUAUAAAAAUCUUCACAGCUCGAUUAACAAGUAUAGUACUGAAAUUAUCAAAAUAAAAUGCUUGUUUCUAUAUGUGA